AUGACACUGAACGAUGAGAAUGGGGCCAGCAGCAAUAGUGUUGUCACGGUGGCAGCAAGUGGAACGGGACUAUCGACGGGAACCGGAUCAGAUCGGACCGGAGCUGGAGUUGGGACUGGUGGCGCACCAACGGGGCACAGCGGAACCAGCACAGCCACGAAUGGGGGCAAUGGCGCAAACAACAACAGCAUCAAUAUCAGUGGCACCGCCGGCAACGGCAGUGGUGGCAGCGUAGCGCUGGCGACCGCAGCGAAUGGCAGCAUUGCGAUUGGCAAUACUAAUAAUAAUAAUGCAAUUAACAACAACAGCCUAAAUUCUAACAUCACCUCAGCGUCAGCGAUCGCGUCUCUAGGUAACAGCAACUCCAGCGGCAGCAACAACAAUAAUAGUAUUAGCGGCAGCAACGGGCAUAACAGCAAACAGUAUGGUCCUUCGCAACCACCACUGAGCAGCCUGGAAAAGCGGCCCAGCAGUGCCAGCGGCCGGUUGAUCAUCCCGAAGUACAACGAGAUCGAAACGCUGCCCCCGCUGAAGGAAGCCAACCCGGCCGACCGGGAGGAGCUGUUCAUCCAAAAGCUGCGCCAAUGUUGCGUGUUGUUUGACUUUUCCGAGCCACUCAAUGACCUCAAGUACAAGGAAAUUAAGCGGUGCGCACUGCAGGAGAUUGUCGAACACCUGAACAACCAGAGCAACGUGAUCACGGAAUCCAUCUACCCGGAGGCGUUCAACAUGGUUGCGAUCAACCUGUUCCGUACGCUGCCCCCGUCAUCCAACCCGAACGGGGCCGAGUUUGAUCCGGAAGAGGACGAACCGACGCUCGAGGUGUCGUGGCCCCAUCUGCAGUUCGUUUACGAGCUGUUUAUGCGGUUUCUAGAGUCACCCGACUUCCAGCCGAACGUGGCGAAGCGGUACAUUGAUCACAGCUUUAUUUUGAAUCUGCUCGAGCUCUUCGAUUCGGAGGAUCCGCGUGAGCGAGACUUCCUCAAGACGGUGCUGCAUCGCGUGUACGGGAAAUUUCUCGGACUGCGCGCUUUCAUCCGGAAGCAGAUCAACAACAUAUUCUACAAGUUCAUCUACGAAACGGAGCACCACAACGGGAUCGCGGAACUGCUCGAGAUCCUGGGUAGUAUUAUCAACGGGUUUGCCUUGCCGCUGAAAGAAGAACACAAGCAAUUCCUGUUGAAGGUGCUCCUGCCGCUACACAAGGUGAAGAGUCUGUCUGUGUACCAUCCCCAGCUGGCGUACGCCGUGGUGCAAUUUCUCGAGAAAGACGCCAGCCUAACGCAACCGGUCAUCAAGUGUUUGCUCAAGUUUUGGCCGAAAACGCACAGUCCCAAGGAGGUAAUGUUUUUGAACGAGCUCGAAGAAAUCCUGGACGUCAUCGAACCGGCCGAAUUUCAGAAGGUGAUGGAGCCGCUGUUUCGUCAGAUAGCCAAGUGCGUUUCGAGCCCACACUUUCAGGUGGCCGAGCGAGCGCUCUACUACUGGAACAAUGAAUACAUCAUGUCGCUGAUAACGGAGAACUCCAAAGUGAUCAUGCCGAUCAUGUUCCCGGCGCUCUACAGCAACAGCAAAUCGCACUGGAACAAAACGAUCCACGGACUGAUCUACAAUGCGAUCAAGCUGUUCAUGGAGAUGAACCAGCUGCUCUUUGACGAUUGCCACCAGAAGUAUCAGGCGGAGCAGGAAACGGAGCAAGAAAAGCUCGCCCAGCGAGAAACGCUCUGGCAGCAGAUGGAGGAUCUGGCAGCUCUAAACAGCAAGCUAACAUUGGACAACAGGGAGCCCGGAAACCGAAUAAACAGCAACUUCCACCAGCAACGCCAGCUUAACGGAACGGCAGAACUGGGAAGCAUCCGGACAUCCUCGUCCGCUGCAGCGUCAUCUUCUUCGUCGGUGUACGAUCGGCGAUCGAUACAGCACAGCUCUUAAGUAGAGCCGCUGCAAAGUCGGCUCGGCGGCGCGCAUACAUCCUCUAC